CAGUGUUCCUGCGGAUAUGGAGUCCAAGGCCUCGGCGACGCGGCUGCCGUCGGCGCGGACGCUAGCCGCCGAAGACCCGCGUGGCGAGGCCGCGCUCAAGCAGCUGCGCAAGCUCUUCGAAGACGACGACUUUAGCAUGGACGACGUCGCGCUGCACUUUUUAUCGCUGUACUUUAUGCGGCUCUCGACCAACGCGGUCAUACACGAGGUCGAGUCGCUCUUCGCCCAGCACUACGCGACGCUGCAGCACAAGCUGCACAUCCGAGGCAUCUGGGCGUGGGUCGUCUUCCUCUCGGGCACGGUUAUCUACGACUACCUGAGCCUCAUCGAAGGCUACGGCAACAUGUUUACGACCGACCUCAUGAGCUUCAACAACCCGAAUGCCAAGCUGGCCUUCAUCAUCACGCUCGUGCUGCGCUUCGCGGUCAUCAUCCCGCUGCUCCUAAUCAACCUCUGGUCGGGCUACCGCGCGCAGUACAAGGUGCACAUGCUCUGGACGUGGGUCUCGCACAUCGCGCUCGCCUUCUACCCCGUCGUCUACAACCUCCUCACCUUCGACUUUGGCGUCUCGUGGCUCUGCCUCGUCAUCAUGUACUUUUACAGCUUUACGCCGAUCCGGUUUCUUCACGCCGCGCUCUUCAACAUGCUGCUCCUCGGCAUGUACGCGGCGCUCGCCUACGGCGGCGUGCUCUCCUCGGACAAGAUCGACACGUUCCAGCGCGAGUGGCUCUGGGCGCUUCUCUUCUUCGCCCUCAUCUCGUACCCGAGUCAAUCGCGCGAGUUUGCGAUCCGCGUGAGCUACAUGAGCGAGACCAUUCUCUUGUCCCAGCAGCACCAGCUCGAGCAAGAAGAGCUCCGGUCCAAGUCGCUCCUCGGGAGUAUGCUACCGGCCUCCGUCGUGAGCCAGCUCCAAGCCGGCCGAGAACUCAUUGCCGACGAGUACGCGUCCGUGACCGUGCUCUUUUGCGAGGUCUGCGACUUCAACACGAUCUCGGGCCAGCUCGACCCGGACCAAGUCGUCGAGCUUCUCAACACGAUAUUUUCCAAGUUUGACGUGCUCGUCGACUACCACUCGGUGCACAAGAUCGAGACGAUCGGCGCCGUCUACAUGGUCUCGGGCGGGUGUCCGGACCGCAUGACCAACCACGCGAUCUUGAUCGCCAACCUCGCGCUCGAUAUGAUUGCAGCCAUGCCCGACCUCCGCGCGCACAUCCGCAAGACGUUCAAGUGGGCCAAGAACAUUGGCGACAUCAACAUUCGCAUCGGCAUCAACACGGGCAUUCUCAUGGCCGGCGUCGUCGGCAUCCGCAACCCGCGCUUCAAGCUCUUUGGCGACACGGUCAACGUCUCGUCGCGCAUGGAGAGCACCAACUUGCCGGGGCACAUCCAGCUCACCGAGGCGACGCACGACGCGAUCAAGCACGCGUACGUGACGGAGCACCGGGGCACGAUUCCCGUCAAAGGCCGCGGCGACAUGCAAACGUUCUUUCUCCGCGGCCACCAAAUCGGCGUGCCCCGGCAAGCGCAGCCCGUGAUGAUUGUCGCACCCACGGUUGCCAUCGCGAAUCCACCCUCUCUCAUCGUGGCCAAGCCGGGUGCUGUCGCCCCUCGCGACCCCGCGUCGGUCCGUGGCAGUGGUGGCAACAUCCCCGAUCUAUCCAAACGGACCCUAAACGCUAUUGGGUACGGGGCGCCACCAGCCGAAGUCGAAGGUCGGACCGCCUUUAUGAAGCUGCUGCGGAAGAAAUCGUCGUCGAGCUCGAUGCUCAUGUCGCCGUCCGCCGCCAAAGACUUGGUCUCGGAGCACAAGCAAAACACGUUGCGCGAAUCGACAGCGGCCUUUUACACGACAGAAAAGGUCGCGGCGCCGACGAUGACGGAUGCAACCGCGCUCAUGGAGCUGCCAGCCGACAUGACGAAGCGCAACGUCUUCUUCUACAUCAACACGGACAACACGCUCGAGCUCAUGUACCGCAAGGAGAACGAGAAGCGCUGGAUGCGCUUCUUCCGCGCGUCCAUCCUCUUGUGCAUUCUCGUCAAGCCCGUACAGGCCAUGUACUCGAGCGUCGCGCUCCUCAAUGGUCGGCAGUUCCAGGCCGCCAACAUCCUCUUCAUCAUCAAUAUUUGCUGCACGAUACCGGUCUGCACGUGCUUUCUCCUCUUUACGUUCACCGAGACGUUUCUCAAGUACCGCCAGCUCAGCUCGGUGUGCGUCCUGUUGCUCAUUUCGGCAUUCUGGAAUACGGAGCUCAUUGCGAUGCAAUCGCGCGGCUACGCCUACAUCUCGACGCUCGUCUUGUACCAGUGUCACUUUAGCAUGCUCGCAUUCGUGUUUCGGUUCAUGGCCGCGCUCGUCAUUCUCAUCAUGUACCUCAUCUCCAACAUUGCGCUCAGCAGCGCCAUCGUUCCAGGCCAAACAACGACCGAGUCGUCGCGGGACAUGCUCCUCCUCUGCCUCCGCAACGCGUUCUACGUCAUCAUCUUCUUCGUGCCGCAGAUCUGGGUCGUCUUUACGUGCGAAUUCAAAGAGCGCGUCAACCACUUUCGCGAUCUCGUGCUCAACGCACAGCAAGCCAAACUGUUAGAAGAGCAGAACCGUGUCGAUAAAUUGCUUCGGAAUCUCCUGCCCGAGAGCAUCGUCAACCAGCUCAAAGCCAGCCCCGAAGUGACGAUCGCCGAGACGUUCGAGAACGUUACGAUCCUCUUCACCGACAUGGUCAACUUCACCGCGUAUUCGUCCCGCGUGUCGGCCAUGGAGCUCGUGCAAUUUCUCAACGACAUGUACACGCGCUUCGACACGAUCUCGGAGAAGCGCGAUCUGUACAAGGUCGAGAUCAUCGGCGACGCAUACUUUGUCGUCGGCGGUUGCCCCCUCGUCACCACGAACGACGCCAUCAUGAUCCUCAAAGCGGGUCUCGACAUGCUCAACACACUGCCCGUGCUGCGGCGCAACUCGUCCAACCCGAACCUCAACAUUCGUAUCGGCGUGCACUCGGGACGCGUCGUCGCCGGCGUCGUGGGCAUCAAGGACCCUCGCUACCACCUCUUUGGCGAGACGGUCGCCAUUGCGCAGAGUCUCGAGAGCUCUGGCGUCCCCGGCCGCAUCCACCUCAGCGAGACCACGUACACGCGCAUCAAGAACACAGACCCGAACGCGUUCAAGUUUGAGUACCACAAGAUGCUCAACGUUCCGGGCCACAAUACCAAGCUGCGCACGUAUUUUGUGACCUAGUUCGUUCGACCAACUAUAGUAAGUCCAUUUCAUCGAUUGAGUCAAGGCACACAACGUGAAUAUCAUCAUCCAAUAUUACACACUUAUUCAUCGCGAA